AUGAAGGACGAAAAAGGAAAAUCAUUAAAUGAAAGUAAAGGAAAAAGAAAGAAAAAUGAGGGUAAAAUAAAUAAUGGAAAUAGUGAUAUUUUUAAUCCACAACUAAGUGCAAGAGAGUUGAAAAAAAUUCAAUAUUAUGAGAAUAUGUUUAAGAAGAUGGAGCAGAAAAAAGAAGAUAAUGCAAAUGAUGGUGAUUAUAAGUAUAAAAAAAAAUAUAAUAAAAUAAAAAGAACGAAAAAAGCACAUAAACAUAAGAAAGAGCUAAUUGAACAUAAUGAAAAAAAUAGUAAAAAAAAUAACUUAAAAAAAAUUAAUUCAGGUAAAGAAAUUUAUUCUUCAUAUAAAAAUGUAAAUAAAAAUGAAAGCAAACAAAAAAAAAAUAACAUUUUGAAUUCUAACAUUAAUCAUAGUUUUAGUGAACAAUGUUUAGAAGGGAAAGAAUUAAUGAUCAAUGUAAAAAAGGAAAAAUUAAUUAAGCAGAAGCUUAUUAAAUCUAAAAGCAUUGAAAAUAGUGAAGUUGUAACAACAAAGAAGGAAAAUUAUAUAAACUCAAAUCUAUUUAAUAGUGGUAACAUAGGUAGAAUUAACAAAUUAUAUAACACUAAAUCUAAUUCUGAUUUAAAUGAGAAUAAUUAUUUACACAUAAUUGUAAAUAAAAAAGAAAAUAAUAAAAUAGUAAAAAUACAAAGGAAUAGAACAAAUUUUUUAUUAAAAGAUUAUAAACUGAUAAUUAAUAAAGAAAAAGGAUAUUCUUCAGAUAAUAUAAUAAGUUAUAAUAAUAUAGAUGAAAUAAGUCAUGAAUUUAAUAAAACUCAUUUAGGAGAAGAAGGAAAUGUUUUAAAAGCUAUAAGAAGUGUUUCUUUUAGUUCUAAUAAAAGUGAAUAUUUUUUUAAUGAUAGUAUAUAUAAUCUGAAAAGUAGUUAUGAUGAAAAUAUAUUAGAAAAUAAAAUUAUAUAUAAUGAUUAUAAUUCAUAUUCUUUUGAGAACGAAAAAAAAAAAAUUCUAAAUUAUUUCACAAAUAAUGUAGUUAAAAAAACAAACAGUUUUAAUGAGUUAUUAAAAAAAAGAAGAAUCAACAAAAAUAUUAGUGGUAUGAAUAGCAGUUUCAAAAUAAAAAAUAAUUUAAAUUCAAUAACUAGAAAUUUAGAAUCUUCUAUUGAAAGUAAUGAUAAUUUAAAGCUAUAUUUAAAUGAUAAAGAAAUUACCGAUGAAAAUGCAAAUACUAAAUCUUGCAGUAUUGAAUACUUUAAUGAAGAAGAUAAUGAAAGCAAAAGAGAAAUAAAUAAUGAUUUUAACUUUAAAUCUCAUAAUGAAAGCAAUAAUGCAAGUAAUAGUAAAAAAAUGAGUAAUGUAAAUUAUUGCAUUAAGAAGUAUCUGGAUAACAUGAAAUAUACAAAUUUAAAAAAAUUAAAAAAAAUUAAUAAAGAAAAUUUAAAAAUAUAUGUAAGAAGUUGUGUAAAUUUUUUAAACUUUAGUAAUUUUGAUAACGCUAUCUUAUGCUUGCUCAAUUUUCAAAAUACUGUACAAAAAAAAAAGAAAAAAUAA